CCUUGUGGAGCAGAGGUGCCACGUGGGCAAACCAAGGCAAGCCCAUCACCACUCAUGCCACUGCAUUCUGGACCGGUCAAGGUUUCUGCACGGUCUUCAAGGGCAGUCCCGUGAUUGUACCCUGGAGGGACCAGCCCUGUCCCCUGUCGUUAGCGGGUGGCUCAGAGUGCCUUGGUGCAAAACGAGGACCUGGAGCUCACUGCGGUUGGCGUAACCAUGGGUAACUAUGUCGUGUGCCCCAAGCCAGUGAGCCAGCAUGGUGUCCCCUUCUCUUCUUGGUCUAAAUGCAGGACACACUUCUUUCCUCGGCGCAAGAGGACGCAGGUGGCUACACCAAGGAAGAACUUGAGGAGGCCGUGCGUUUUCUCCAGCUGAGCUGCGGGACGGAGAGCCGUUCGGAGGUCGUCUAUGGUGGUAGGUAGCAUCGCUCCAUGUCCCUCGGACCAGCCCCCACGUAAGGCUCGCUCGGCUGGGUGGAGACCUUGGAGGAUGUGGCCGCUCAGCUGCAAAAGCUUAGCUGAACAUGAGAUGAAAGUGCUGUAUCGUGCCUGGGAAGGACAGCUCUUCAUCCAGAACCAGCGAGUGUGCGACAUCGUCCUUCGAUCGCCCUUUCAGGCUUCGAUUCCGGUUCAGUUGCCGGCCAAGCUGGAAAUCAAAUACGUUGUGGGGAUACCUGAAUUGCGAGAAAAGCUGCCUGAAGCUGCAUUUAAAAAAACCAGUUAUGCAAACGAUGAAGUCUGUUGUCAGGAGUUGUUGUUCCAUUUAUAUGAAGUGGAAAUAUUACAUGAAAGUGAACUGAAAGAUCAGCUAAUUGGGAGCAUGAAAGAAAAAAAUCUGGCACUCGUCAAAUAUUUAAACGACUGCGGCGUUCUUCUCUUCCUCACCUCUUCCGUCUUGGCGAAAGAGAAAGGCUCGGAUCUGAACGAUUUGGCGUCUCUUCAAGCGUUGUUUUUAUUUCCAUCCCCAGGGCCCAGACAUCUCACAGCAAGAGACUGGAAAUGUGAAGAAGAGGAGAGAAGCGAGAGUCCCCAGCAGGUCCCCCUGGUCCUUCCUCUCCUUCAGCGCGCGUUGGCAGAAGCAGCCAAACAUCUGGAUCCAAAACCAGCCCCUUCUAGCGCUUUGGUAAAACGGCACAUGCAGGAAUUUGCAAAGCUCAACCAGAGUUCGGGGCCGAGCUGCGAAAAUGCGGACGUCCCGCCCUUUGCUCGCCUUCUUUUGCCAGAGAGCCCCGAGCAGGACGCUUUGGACGAAAAGUGCUCCCCGGCCUCGUUUUCCGACCUCCAGUUUUACCUGUCGGACCCCCAAAGCUACACCCUCAAGGUCUCGUCAGCCGUGGCGUGCUUGAAGGGCAGCGCUCAGUUUCCCGACGGUUGCGCCGCGGAAGCGGAUUUCAGUCCUGACCCUUUGCCUUCGGGUGGACUAGACAAGGCUGUUGGGACGGGCAGGGAUCCCCUUGCUGGGCACGUGCCCGGCCGAGAGGCCGCGCUGAAAAGCAGCCUGGGAGGAGACCGGCCCUUGCAGUGGAGUAAGAGAAAAUCCAGCCGGAUCCUUGGGGCAAGUACGAAGAAGUGGUCCCCUCUGAAGAUCCAUUGCAUCAUGGAGAACAACAAGAAGAAGGAGAAGGAGAAGAAGAAGAAGAAGAAAAAGAAGAAGAAGAAGAAAUCGCCCAAGCCAGUGACGAAUCUCAGCAUCCCGUUUGCAAAAGAUUCCGGAUCCCCGGCAGAUUCCAAAGAGCCCACCCUUAAAUUAAAAAACCUUCAGAAUCCACUGAGAAGGAAGAGGGGGGCUGAAGUUUUGUCUGCAGAAUUCAUUCAAGGAACGAGGAGCGAGCUGCCUGAGGGAGCCACGGGGUCUUCAGGAGGGCCUGUCCUGGAGGAAAAGAAGCCCCGUCUGAAGGAGGCCGAAAAGGUCAAGGCUGUGGACAAACCGGAUGCCAGGAGACCAACUACAAGGAAAAGAGUCCAUGGCACUUCUUCGGAUAGGCCAAGGGGUGAGCCUGUCCCCGUACGAAAGGACACAGCUGCUGCAGAGGCCCUCCGCCCCCCCGGGCGGGAGGACUGUGAUUCGCAUGCGUUGAACAUGUUGGCCGACUUAGCUCUGAGCUCCUGCAACUCUCCCCUGGUCGGGAACGGUCGAAGAGACUCUGGGCGUUUCCGUCCAUCCCGCGAACAUCGUCUGCCGAGGGGGAAAUUUUUGCACAAAUCUUCUGAUCACGAGUAUCACAGGGCCACCCGAAAAUGGAAGGGCGCUUUCCUUCCUGGUCAAGCCUCCCGACCGUCCCUUUGGCCUGCCCGGGAGCCUGGCCGGGAUAGGGACUGGCCUUUGAACGCUAAGGAAAGAAGCGCCGUGAAUUCCAGCAGGAAGAAGAAGGCGAGGCCCGGUGGGGUCAAACCCCACCUGGCCCUUCCGAACGAGACCGGAGACCUGUCGGACUCAAGCGUCGUAUUGAUUUCCUUAGAGCACUCGUACGCCUCUCCGCUCUCCGAAACUCUCAAGAAAGGGACGCCACGUUCUCCCAGCCCGAGGAACGGGGUGAAGCAGGACAAACCGGGUCCCCUGGUUGGGAAAGUGCUUCCCUUCCAGCACCAGCAGAAUUCGGGCCAACCGGGCCAACCGGUUACGAACCAUUUACCGCUUGCCCGCUCUACCGUCAUGGCCGCGCGGCUGAGGGAAGACUUCUCCACCUCCCGCCAAGUGACUUCUCGUGAUAAAACUGUCCAAGUUACUUUCCAAUGGGAGGCGAAAUACCUCUUCAACUUAGAUAGCAAAUACACUAAUAAUUCCUUAGAAAAAACAGUGAUACGGGCAGUACACGGGUAAGUGAGGGUCCCAGGGGGAAAAUAAAGGCCCAGUGUUGUUUGGGGGAGUAAAACAAGCUUUUUGUGGUUUCAAAAUCAUGUCCCAGUUGGUUCCCCAAUCAGCUUUUCACAAGUAGUUUGGAGCCGGGGGUAAGAAUGAUCUGGAAUUGGGUUUGAUCGUUUAGCAAAAACAUUGAUCCAGGCAACGGUAUGGUUGUAAAAAUGACAAUUCUUUGUUGGGGUUGUGAGAAAAAGAAUCACCUGCAAAACUCAGUAUUACAAAGAUUUGAAUAGAGUGAAAGAAACUGGCCUGUUACCAAAUGCUUCCCUAAUUUUGUAUUAAUCUGAAUAUAUAAUUAGCGGCCUCUCUGUCGUAUGUGGGCUUCGUCAUUCCUCCCCGAGGAUCUUGUUGGUCUCUCGUGGCUGUUUAUAAUCUGUUACAAACAGGAUUUCCAUUUGAGAAAUGCUUAAAGGGGGGAACCCAGUUUUAAAAGCAGAUCAAGACCGAAAUGUGAAAUUAAAGUGAGAGCUAUGGCCCAACUUCAGAGUGUGAUUUUCAUUUAGAAAGAUUGCACAAAUAAUCAAAAAACCCUUUGAUCGACUGGCUUUCUCUGGUGUGCAGCGUUACGGAGGUUACAAUCCUAGCGCUCCAUCUGUUGGACUGCAGCUUGCAUUGGCCAUAUUGGCUGGGAAUUAGGGUCGUUGUAGCCAACACCUUUGCAGGAUAUCAUUUGGGGGGAAUGAUUUAAGCUAUUUCCCUCGGAAGAAUUUUCUGUCUGCACCAUGAAAAGGUCUGCUUUGGGGGCAGCCAUCGGCUUUAACAUCUCUAUUGGUAGCAUUGAAGGCGAUUGGAGUUUGCUAAUAAAAUAUGUCCUGUGGUACAUAUGAAAUAAAAUGAAUCAGGCUGAAUUAAUAUGCUCGUAAUUCAUGGAGUUAAAAAUGACCUCAGCGGACAUCCAGUCCACCACCAUUUCAGAAGCCACUAGGGCAUCUCUGACAGAUGAUCCUCCGGCCUCUGUUGAAGACUCUAGCAAAGGGGAACUCAUCACUCCAUGUGCCUUUUCCACUGGCUGAUAGUUCACGUAGUCAGGAUGCUCCUCCUCUCAUCUAGCCAGAACCUCCUUCCUUGUAAUUUUAACCCACUGGCUCUGAUCCUUCCCUCUGGGACAACAGAGAAUAAGUCCACUGUCUUUCUGUAAAGUGAACAGACGCA